AUGAGCACGAUCAAGGAGACCGAGUGGAUCUGGCGCAACGGGCAAUUCGUACGCUGGCAGGACGCCACGGUCCAUAUCCUGGCCACCGCCGUUCAAUUCGGCUCCUCGGUCUUCGAGGGUAUCCGCUGCUACGACACCGAGCGCGGCCCCGCCAUCUUCCGCUUGGCCGAGCACUUGAAGCGGCUCCGCAAUUCCGCGCGGAUCUACCGUAUGGAGACCGUCUACAGCGACGAGGAGCUGACGGAGGCCUGCUUCGCCCUGAUACGGCGCAACGGGUUCCGCCACUGCUACAUCAGGCCGGUGAUCAUGCGCGGCUACGGCGCGAUCGGGAUGGACGGCGUCGGCAGCCCGAUCGAGACCUACAUUCCGGCUUGGGAGUGGGGUGCCUAUCUCGGCGCCGACGCGCUGGAAAAGGGCGUCGACGUCUGUGUCUCCUCAUGGAGCCGCGCCGCCCCCAACACCUUCCCCGGCAUGGCCAAGGCGACCGGGCACUACAACAACGCGCAGCUCAUCAAGCUGGAGGCGAUGGCCAACGGCUUCGUCGAGGCGAUCGCGCUCACCCACGACGGGCUGAUCAGCGAGGGCAGCGGCCAGAACCUCUUCGCGGUGAUGGACGGCGCCGUGCUGACGCCGCCGAUCGACGGCAGCAACCUCUCCGGCGUCACGCGCAACGCGGUACUGACGAUCGCGGCCGACCUCGACGUGCCCGUCCGCGAGUGCACGAUGCCCCGCGAGUUGCUCUAUUGCGCCGACGAGCUGUUCUUCUCGGGCACCGCGGCGGAGAUCACGCCGAUCCGCUCCGUCGACCACAUCGCCAUCGGCCCUGGAGGGAUCGGCCCGGUCACACGGCGGAUACAGCGGCGCUUCGCCGACAUCGUGAACGGCCGCUCCAACGACGAUCACGGUUGGCUGACCCUGGUCCCGCCCUCCUGA